UUGUGCAUGGCUAAUGAGGUUAAUAGAAAGUAAAUAUUUGUUGCUCCGUUUGUAAAUGUUAAUGUAAUUUGGGAUUCUUCGGAUUUCGAGUGAUUUUUAACUGCCUUUAAACCAGAAUGGACCGAGAAUCGAAAUAUAUUUUACGGAAAAUUGUUAUAGACAUUUUGUGUUUAUUUAUAGUGGGGUUUCCAAUUCUCCUGUUCUUCCUGUUUGGACAACCCUAUAAGAGGGGCUUUUAUUGUGAUGACGAGUCUCUGAGGCAUCCAUACAAAGAUUCUACCAUAUCAAGUGCUGUGCUCUAUGUGGUUGGGUUCUUUGUACCGUUAUCAUCGAUGCUGCUGAUAGAGUUUGUCCAUUAUCGGAACACGAACAGUCAUAUAACUAGGACACUGUUUGGCAGAAAUAUUCAUCCCUGGGUGUGGAACUGCUACAAAGUAAUCGGUGUGUUUGGAUUUGGCAUGGCCUGCUCACAGCUCACCACAGACAUUGCCAAGUACACUGUCGGACGUUUGCGGCCACAUUUCUUUGCUGUUUGCGUGCCUGAUGUGGAUUGUUCAAAGGAAGAAUUCAAGUACCGCUACAUAGAGAAUUUCAAAUGUCGAAACACAGACAAACAUCGGCUUAAGGACAUGAGGUUGUCAUUCCCUUCAGGCCACUCUUCAUUCUCGGCCUACACAAUGAUCUACCUCGUGAUCUAUCUUCAGGCCCGUUUCGUGUGGCAAGGCUCAAAGCUGCUGCGUCACUUCCUGCAGUACCUGUGCUUCAUGAUGGCUAUGGGCACGGCCCUCUCCCGCAUCUCUGACUACAAACACCAUUGGAGUGAUGUGCUAGUUGGGGCGCUGCAAGGUGCUCUGGUAGCUGUGUUGGUGGCUGCUUUUGUGUCAGAUCUGUUUUCUGCUCCACGGUCAGGCCUAGAAGCAGUGACGGAAACAGAUGGGGAUGCUCCGUGUCAGGCAGGCAGUAGUGGUAUCAACAAGAUCUGCUAAUUAUGGGCCAGCCACAGGUAACUGGUACCAGAAGCUUUGUUGCAAAGUUUCAUCUUUUACAUGAGCAGGGUAAAGGAUCAUUAUGAUUGAAGUACAGUAGUACAAUGCUGUGCUACCAUCUUCAGUACAAUGAGUGCAAUUUUCAGAAAUGUGAAGUGUAAUCUGAAGCUGUGCAAGAAACGCGUUGGGCUUAUCUGGAAAAGUUCAAUAAUACAAUAGUGCAUAAAGCAGAGACUUCUCUUCACAAGAUAAGAACAAAAAGACUUGAAAAUGUAAUGCUUUUUCUCUUAACAUGUGUAUGAAUUACAUGUAGCAGAAUGUCGGCUUUUAAUCAUCAGCCAGGUUGGAUCAUUGAGGUCUAACUGCAUCUGCCUACACAAUAUGCAGCAAAAGAAUACAGCUAUAUUUAUCUGCCUCCCUUAUACAGAGGUGUGAAGACUUCUACCUUCUAAGAGCAGCUUAUAGUUUGCUAGUCUCUUUUCUUUGUUGUUAUGUGUUUUAUUUUUCAUAAAACAGUUUUACUCGUUCCAAAUUUUUAGCAUCAUUUCUGUUUUCUCUAAGUUGAUGUCUCUUCUGUCUUCCCACAGUCCUUCUUGCCUUGAUGUCUUUCUGUAUGUGGCCAGGUCCCUGUUUCUUGUAAAUAAUAUAUAAACAUUCAGUUCGUACCUCACAGGGAACACAUUACAUCUCCAGUACUAAGACCAGACAGUUACCAUUUUAUAGGGAGAGGAUCCCUCUUUAUCGUGAGAAUCCUAGGAUAUACACAAACACCCUCUAUGCGGAGAAUGCAGAGCUUUAGUAUUUUGAAGCCAAUGGCACAUACAGAACCACUGGGCUAUAAAGGGCUAAGGUAGCGUCCCAGGAUUUGCUCUGUGGGACUGAACAAAAUCACAGAAAACCUUAGUCAUGAUAUAUGGUACCCCAGAUAAGAGCCAAACUGAACAUGCCCUUAAUACAAGUUAGAAGCAUUACCACUUGUUCCAUCUUGCCCACUUGAUGGUAUUCUUGGUUCCCUAUAAAGUCCUGCAGUAAUGUCAGCAAUUGUGAUUAUCAUCUAUUAGAUUGUUUCCAUGUUUUUGCAUAGAUGUCAUUAUUGAGGAUCUUUGUAUAUGUUGAAAGGAGGAAAUGGCUCCUAAAUUUACCCUUACAUACAAUAUGCAUUUUGGUUUAGUAAUUUUGCUGCAAAUCCCUCUGGAAUUUAUAGUUUUCAGUUCUGGGUAUUUAACUAUCUGAAACUGUCUUCUAGUGAGUUUCUAGAAGAAGAAUUUAUAUUUUUUAAAACUGUUUGAGAUACCAAUGUAGAUUUAUUAUGAUAUAUAUUUUUAAAAAAGUUUGAAGUAACUUUAUCCUAUGCAAUGCAUUAUUUUUAAUUGCUGUAAAUGAUGCAUGCAUGCAUAGUUACAUUUCAUAGAUGAUUUAUUUUGUGUCAUACUAUCAGGAUAUAUCAUCAUAUUCAGCAUUUAAAUGAGACCAAAUGGCAUACUGUAUCUGUUUUUAAAACUGCAUUUGACGAUUAUUAUACAUUGUUCCAAACGCCAUUCUUGCACACAUUAUGCUUUCUUGACUUCGGUUUAAUGUUUUUAAUAUCAUCCUUGUAGAUGUUAAGUUACUGACAGGCCUUGUAUUAAAGCACAUUAUUUAGAAACUGUGACUCACCCAGUGUCACAGAGACAAGCAGCUGUCACUUGUACCCGCUGACAUGCAGUGACCUCACACAGGGUGAUGGGUUAUGUAGGAUAUUAUUUGCAUUUAUGGGAGAAAUAUAAUUAACAGAUGUGUUAAGGCCAUGCAUAGCACCGCUGUGGUGACACAUGCAUGCAGGCCAGUUAACCCAGUGUUACAGCUUUCAACACUAAUACCAUUACUUCAAAGUUAAAAUGUGGUUGCCAGCACCAUAAUAGUGGGGAGUUUAAAAUAUUCUCUUCCCAUAUGUUACUUACCACUGAAUUGAAAGCUGAUUGUAGCGCUGUAGUGCCAGGGGAUUUAAAAUUCCCUGUUCUCAGGUGAUAAGUUAUUAUGUUGUAGUUAGAAUCUGGCUGCCAGUCCUGUAGGAUUUAUGGGAUUUAAACCCCCCUUUUCUUACCACCUGGCCUCAUUCUGUCUUGUGUUCUCCUCUCAGUAUGUUUUGAAUACCGUCUUCCCAUGUCUGUUUUCCCCUUAUUUCCCUGUGUGCAAUAUUUUCUUAGCGUAUCUUUCAUUUUCCACCUUGUAUAUUUGUUUGAACCAUCUGAAUGUUGAAGUUUCAUGUUGUGUCUUCUAGUAAUGUAACCUCUAAACUCAGAAGUGUUAUAUAACUGCCUAACAGCGGAAAUGGCCCAUAGGUAGCAUGACUGGCCCCACGCAGUUUGUUAUUUGUUUACUGGUGUAACUAAUAUGAUUUCUUAAAGAUUACUGUCAUCUGGGAUGUGACGCCGUGUAGUCUGGUAGAGAGGUACCAAUGUUGUGGAAGUAUCUGAUGCCUCCAUCUACAGGGUCUGUACUGAUUUUGGAGGCAGGAGGUUCCUCAAAAAUCUUCCUACUUUUCUUCCAACUGUACAGUGUCAUGUUCAUGUGAGACCCACACAUAUUAUUGAGUGAUUGCCUCUUUUUAUGUAAAUUUGAUUAAAAUUUCUGUUUGAAUAUGUGUGCAUGGUGUGUGCCUGAAAGUUUCUUGUGUUACUUGGUAUUAUAAUGUUUUUAUGCAGAAAAUAAAUUAUUUAACAAAAAUUCAGAGAAGGCUUCCAAUAGGGAUUAUCCAAUUGUUUAAUGUGUUUCUAAACGUAUGUGAGUGCUUGAUGUGUUAUGGUUCUCUAAUGUAAUGUGUUUCAUAAGAAAUGCUGUAAAUUGCAUUUUCUUCUUCUUCGGUGGUAAUAUUUUGAAAUGGUGGCAAUGCUACAUUGUUCAAAGGAAUGGUUUUUGUGGAGAUGUAAUGCAAUUUCUUCAGGUUAAGAAGACUGAGAUGUCUGCAGUGUGAUUUGAAGCCAAUAGUCAUUUUCAGUCCAGCUUAUUAUGUCUUAAAAUGAAUAUUGUUAAAUCUGUUAAAAUAAGCUAGAAGAUGAAUCAGCAUACAGGUGAUGGAAAUGAAGCAUGAAAUCACUAAUGAUAGCAGAAGUACUUGUUCUUUGCCAAGGUCAUGGUUGCUUUCCUUGUCAGUAUCACAAUAUAUAAUUGAUCGAUAUUUCAAAAAAAGGAUAACACUCAACUAAAGAAAUUAAAGUUUACUCAUGUAAUUAAAAAGGAUGUUGGGAAUUAGGAUUCAGAUCACAUCCAAAGACUGCUGCUAUACUUGCAGAUUACUUUAACAGCCAUAUCUAGCAUACAUAUUGACAAGAGUAUGGAAUACAUUUAGCGGCCUCCGUAGUCUAGGGGUAACGUUCCCACCUCAUGACUCAAGGUACGUGUGUUCAAACCCGGCAGAG